AUAAGUUGAUAGAUCGAUUGAACUCUUAUUAGACCAAAAAGAAAGAUUAGUUUUAAUUGGAAGUCUGAAACUGAUGGGAGAAAAUUCGGACGUCAAGAAGCCAUUGUUGUUGAAUGAAGAAUGGCAAAAGCCCGACGAUAACCGUCCACGAGUGAGUCACCGGAACUCUGUGAACGCCAUAAUUGGCGAUUUCAAUGCCAAAUUGCCCGACAAGCUUAGAUCAGGCCUUGAUCCCGAGGACCUUUUCCACGUUGAUUUAUCUAAAACCAAAAGCUUAAACCAGGGGGAAAAGGAAUACUAUGAAAAACAGUUUGCAACCCUAAAAUCCUUUGAGGAAGUUGACUCUUUAGAAACAACCAACAGCAUCGACGAGGCUCUAGAACAUGAUCAAGAAGCCAAACAUGAAAGAGCAAUGAUGAUAUCCAAUUAUGCGAAUAUUCUCUUGCUGGCAUGUAAGAUCUAUGCUACAGUAAGGAGUGGGUCAAUUGCUAUUGCAGCUUCUACACUUGAUUCUCUACUGGAUCUUAUGGCUGGUGGAAUUCUUUGGUUCACACAUUUGUCAAUGAAAAAUAUAAACAUCUACAAAUAUCCUAUUGGAAAGUUGAGGGUGCAACCAGUAGGCAUUAUUAUUUUUGCAGCUGUUAUGGCUACUCUUGGCUUUCAGGUACUGGUGCAAGCUGUAGAACAACUGAUAAAAAAUGAACCUUCUGAAAAGAUGACCUCAGAACAGCUUGUGUGGUUGUAUGCGAUUAUGCUUUCUGCUACUGUGAUAAAACUUGGCCUCUGGAUCUAUUGCAGAACCUCAGGAAACAAGAUAGUCCGUGCUUAUGCAGAGGAUCACUAUUUCGAUGUCGUAACAAACAUCGUUGGUUUAGUUGCUGCUGUUCUUGGUGAUAAAUUCUACUGGUGGAUUGACCCUGUUGGUGCAAUUAUUCUUGCCAUUUAUACAAUUUCAAACUGGUCUGGGACAGUACUAGAAAAUGCAGCUUCUCUGGUGGGGCAGUCAGCCCCACCUGAAGUCUUACAGAAAUUGACAUACUUGGUCAUAAGGCACCAUCCUAAAAUCAAGCGCGUUGACACAGUUCGAGCCUACACUUUUGGUGUUCUUUAUUUUGUAGAGGUUGACAUUGAACUUCCUGAAGAUUUGCCACUGAAAGAAGCCCACGCAAUUGGAGAAUCUUUGCAAAUAAAGAUUGAGGAGCUUUCUGAAGUUGAGCGAGCAUUUGUUCAUCUUGAUUUUGAGUGUGAUCACAAACCAGAGCACUCUAUUCUUAGCAAGCUUCCUAACACUCAGCCUUGAAUUUUAAACUCAACACAAACAACACACGCCACACACAAACAUGCCAUUCUAAGU